AUGGAUGUAACACCUGCCACCACAACAGACUACUCGUUGCUUCAAAAGGAGAUUGAAGAUUACAAGAAGCGUAUGGCAGAGGUCAUCGCUGCCAAUGAGAAGCUCAGUGAAGAGUUGCAACGUGUCAGAGUGGACAAUGAGUCACUCAAUGUAAAAUAUGAAGAGUUGAGGAAGAAGACAACUACAUCAACUGGUGCUACUGGUGCUACUGGUACUGCUGCCAAGACUACAACAACUACUACCACCACAACUACCAAACAAUCAACGUCAUCAUCAAAUCUUGCCACAGGAUUGUCUCCUGUAGGCAAGUCAACUAUUGCGAGCAAGUCAACAACUGUAUCCACUCCGGACAAGAAGCCAACUACCUCGUCGACGACGACAACUACUCCAAAGUCAAGUCCUUCAAUCACCAAGACAUUGUCUUCAUCAAAGUUGGUAUCACCAUCGGUCACUCCAACCAAGCCAUCAUCAUCAUUGGCCAGUGCAUCGAGCUCAUCACCCUCAACCAAGAGCGUCAUCCCAACUGCCAAACCAUCCACAUCAUCACCAUCUGUUGUCAAGGUUAAGCCUGCCACUACAUCGACAACAUCAACAACCUCAACCACAUCAACCACAUCAACUCCACCCAAGGCAUCCACUAUUGUCAAGCCUGUAACAGCAAAGACAACUACAACAUCUACCACUUCAACAACAUCCACUGCUGCCAAGCCUGUAACAGCAAAGACAACCACGACCACCACAACCACAACAACAGCGUCAUCGGUCGUUGCCAAGCCAACCACAGGAGCAUCAAAGCCAGUGACUGCCACCACCGCGGCCAAGCCCUCAACUGUUACCAAGCCAUCAGCAACAGCUGUCAAACCAGCCGUCUCCUCCAUCAAGCCAUCCAAUAUCGUCAAGCCAGUCACUGCUGUAAAGACUGCUGCCACCAAAGACAGUGCUAUCAAGCCAAUCAAGGCUGCAACAACCACCACAACCUCUGCCCCUGCAGCUCCAGUAUCGGCCCCAGUCACAGCCCCAGCUGCCUCCACAAAUGUUGUAGUUGAGGAAAUCAAGGCAGAGCCUAUUGUUGUCCCUGCUGCUGUUGUAGAGGAGCCAAAGCAGGUUGAUGAAGAGCCAAAACAAGAGGUAGCCCCAGUUGAGGAAAUCAAAGAGAAUGGUAUCAACUCACAUCCAGUCGAGGUCCAAGCUCCACUGCAACAAUUGGAUGAGCCUGUGGUCGACAAGGUUGAGGAUGUACAUGUUGUAGAGGAGGAGCAGCAGCCCAAGGCAGAUGUGGAGCAAGUGAAUCAUGUUGCUGAGGAGCAACCAAAGACAGAGGAGGUUCAUCAAGAGGAGGUCAAUCACAUUCAAGAGAAUGGUGUCCAGCACGAGUCUGAGGUCGAACAACAAGUCGUGGAGCAAGUUCAAGUUGUUGAAACAUCACAUGUAGAGGAGGAGCAGGUUGCCCCAGCAUCAGAGGAACUGGUACAGGAGGAACAAAAUGAGCAAUCCGAAGUUGAGGAGGUUGUUGAAGAUGUUGUUGUAGAGGAAGACAAGGCUGUUGAACAUGAGGAGUCAACUGAGCAGCCAAUUGUUGGCGAGGAAAACCACGUCCAGUCAUCAGAGGUUAUUGAACAAAUUCAAGAAGAGGAGCACAAUGACGUGCAAGAGCAAGUCGAGGAGCCAGCUCAAGAACAAGAGCAAGUCGAGGAGCAAGAACAAGAACAAGAGCAGGAACAGGAGCAGCAAGAGAAUGUUGCUCAAACUGAGGAGAUCAAGGCAGACGAUGAUGUAGUGAUUGAGGACGGUGAAAAUACUGAGGAGGUCACAACAGAGAGUUUCAAGGAUAUUACGAUCAGCACUGGAUUCGAUGACUUUAUCAAUCAGUUGGACAGCAAGUUCCAAUCAGCAUCAAUCUUGGACGCACCAAUUGGACUCGAGUCCACUCAUGAGCAGGAAGAGGAGACAAAGACUGCACCACCAACAACAACAACACUCUCCAUUGACGACCUCGACUUGAUUGGAUCGCUCGGCGGCGUCCCAUCUAGCACAACAGUACCAAGUAGCACUACCACCGCCGAUGACUUUGGCAUGUUUGAGAGUACACCAAACAACGCCGCAGCCACACUUCUCCAAGCCGAGACUGAGAUUGGUGACAAGCUUGUAGACAUUUGA